AUGACAGCCGAGGGCGCCCCGUCUGCCCCCGAAGCCUCCUUCUGCUCGUCGGAGGCGGGGAAGGCGGCGGGGUCGGAAGACGCUCCUCCGGCGGCGGCGGCGGGGCCAGGCGGGGUGUCGGGGCGCCGUCGGAAGCGGCCUGUCCCGCGGGGGAAGCCUCCCUUCAGCUACAUCGCGCUGAUCGCCAUGGCCAUCGCGGCCUCCCCGGAGCGUCGCCUGACGCUGGGCGGCAUCUACCGCUUCAUCACGGAGCGCUUCCCUUUCUACCGCGAGGGGCCCCGCAAGUGGCAGAACUCCAUCCGCCACAACCUGACGCUCAACGACUGCUUCGUCAAGGUGCCCCGCGAGCCCGGACGCCCCGGCAAAGGCAGCUACUGGGCCCUCGACCCGGGCGCCCGGGACAUGUUCGACAGCGGAAGCUUCCUCCGCCGGCGGAAGCGCUUCAAGCGCGGGGACCUCUCCACCUACGCCGCCGCCGCCCAGCAGGAGCCCCCCGCCUCCGCGCCCGUGGGCUACCCGCCGCCCCACCUCUUCGCCUUGGAGAUGGGCCCCGAGGGGGGCUGGCCCUCGCAGAGCAACCACUGCGCCUUCGCCGGGCCCGGGGCCUACUCCAGCCCUGGCCCCAGCUUGACCAGGCCCCACACUGCCCUGCCUUACUCCUACCCCAUCAACCAAGGCGCUUACUCCAAUGGAAACAACUUUGGCGCCUCUGCCCACCUUGGGGUGCCCACCUCACCGCCCCUCAGCGGUGACACCAUGGACUUCUAUGGCUACGGCUCGCUGGCCCACGGCGGAGGGCAACUCACUGGCCCCGGGGCCUACCUGCGACACGCCACCUACCCCGGCGGCAUGGACAGAUUUGUUUCUGCCAUCUGA